UUUGCAAUGAUAUCGAGUGGAAAAACAGCGGAUUUUCAUUUUCUAGACUAAACGACCAUCAUAUGGAAUGUCUUCCUAUGUUUGCUCGCUGUAAAGACUAGUACUUGUUCAUCCUCAUCUUUCUCUUUCUAUUUUACCUCGGCACUACCGGAGCAAGCAUAAUGUUCCCAACACCGACGCUGAUGAUUCGGGACGAUGGCGAUGAUGAUCCUCCGAGAACAGAUUGCACGAGUGCGGUGCCGGGGCCGAACGGAGCGGUUCCUUGGGACGCUUGCAAUUCAAAUUACAACUUCCAUCCCGAAUUGACACCCGCGAUCGCAACAGCUUCGAUAUUUGGUGUUCUGACUUUGGUUCAUCUUAUCGAAGCUAUAUGGUACCGAAAACCUUUCACAUGGACAGUUCUUAUGGCGGCAAGCUGGGAAAUGGGCGCAUUCAUUCUUCACGCAUAUGGCUCGCAAGAUCAACAAGCCCAGGGGUACGCCACAGGCCAUCAGGUGCUAUUCCUAUUGGCUCCUGUAUGGCUCAACGCCUUUGUGUACAUGACAUUUGCGCGAAUGGUUUACUUCUUCCGACCAGGCGGAGAGCCUCGAGUUUGCUACAUUCCAGCAAGAUGGCUUGGGCGCAUUUUCGUCGUUGCUGACAUCGCCACAUUCAUCGUGCAGGCCACGGGAGGUGUCAUGGCUGGUCCAACAGUAGAGCCUAAUACAAGGGCAAAGGGGGUCAAGAUUUACAUCAUCGGCAUGGGUGUCCAAGAGGGCUUCAUUGUGGUGUUCUUGAUGUUGAUGGCUCGCUUCCAUUAUCGUGCUCUACAAAUGAACAGAGAAGAUGUGUACGGACUGGAAGGCGGUUCGUACGACCGGGAGGAUGAAGAAGGCUACAUGCCACGACGGAACUGGAAAGCCCUUCAGUUUGCACUUUAUGCAGCUUUGCUUGCAAUUACGGCCCGUAUCAUUUUCCGUCUCGUCGAGUUUACCGGAGGCAUGACUCCUGAGGAGAACCCCAUACCUUUUACAGAAGCAUACGCAUAUGCCCUAGACGCCUUCCCCAUGAUGUUGGCGUUGCUUAUUCUCGCCGUGAUACAUCCUGGUCGAGUCCUUCAGGGUACGAAUAGCGAGUUUCCCAGGAAGGGAUGCCGACAGAAGCGUAAGGAGAAGAAGGAGAAAAAGGCGGUAAAGAAGGCAGCCAAGCAGGAGCGCAAGGCAACCAAAGAGGAGAAGAAACGAAUCAAGAACGACCGGAAAAAGAUGAAGAAAUAUGGAGAGGUACCUGAUGCAGAACCGGAUAGCUAUGGGAUGGGGCUGAUUGAUGGGCAGAACCACGAGCCCAUGCGAUAUGCAGACUACGCUAGGUACGCCAGAUGAGUGUUGAACCCGAGAAGCUAUGACAGGACUCAAUCAUUCACAUUUAUCAGAUAAUCAACAUCUCUGUGUACAUGUACUCAUGUUUGCAAGGCUACCUGCUGUCUUUUCGCUUUUUCAACAACACUUUUAUCCGCUGUUCGUCUACACCACCCAAGGAACACAGGUUCCUACCACGUAAAUAGACUGACCACAAUGCCCAACGCCGCUUCAUCGAGAGAAUUAGACCUGGUGGACCCGAGUUGGCCAGCGAGACAAGUAAUUUACCCCAGAAACGUCGCUUUUGAGAACACAUCCGUAGUCCGCUUAUUCAUGAGAGCCGUUACUGUUGCUCGCUGAAAAUACCGCCACCUCGUUUAGAAUGAAUCUUUCUUCAACUUCCUUCGCUCUCUCUUACGACUUGGCGCUCUCCUUACACCUUUGGAUGCAACGUAGGCUAUUCAUGUCGGCGUCAGAUUCCAGACUUCUUACGAAUACA